AUGACGACAACAUUGAAUCAAGUAAAACUAACAAUUACACGGAAAUCAGAUGAUGCUUUCGUUGUCAUACUUCUUCAUGAAAAGGCAACAGUAGGUGAAUUAAAAACACAAAUUCGAAGUACUCUUCCACCAAAAUAUACUCAAGGUUGUCGACUUAUAUUCAAUGGUAAAGUACUUCAAAGUAAACGGACACUUAAACAUUAUGGUCUAACAAAUAAUCAAGCACCACCACACAUGCUUGGCAAUUCAAAUAUACUUAUGGAUGACACUAAAAAUUGGAAAUCUGAUUCAUCAUCAUCAUCUUCAGAACAAUCCGAUUGA